UUCUUCCUUUCACCAAAAACCUUCAAAACUUCUUCACAGCAACAACCCCCAAUCAUCAGUUGUCCCCUUUAAUUCUACGAAUACCUAACAAUCCCACCUCAUUCUUCCCUUAGUGGGGGAGGAGGCCGUGAUUUUCUGAUGGAUUCUUUUGAUGAGAUUUCUGUGUUUGGAUACGAUAUGAACUCGAGCAACAUAAACGAUCCGGACUCUUCCGGUGUUCUUGAAAUUUAUGUUCAUCAUGCUAGAAACAUUCAUAAUAUAUGUAUAUAUGAAAAUCAAGAUGUUUAUGCAAAGUUUUCUCUAACUUAUAAUCCAGACCAGACCUUGUCCACUAGAGUCAUUCAUGGCGGUGGGAAGAAUCCCGAUUUCAAUGAAAAUUUGAGUAUGAACAUUACUCAUCUUGAUUCUGUGCUCAAAUGUGAGAUUUGGAUGCUUAGUAGAGCUAGAAACUAUUUGGAAGAUCAGCUUCUGGGGUUUGCUUUAGUCCCACUUUCACAAAUUGUUGGUAAAGGGAAAAUGACUGAGAAUUAUAGCCUCUCUUCUACUGAUCUCUUCCAUUCCCCGGCGGGAACGGUCCGUUUGAGUCUGUCUUUCGACAAAUCGUUGCCUGUCGAUGCCUUGAAUUCGAUAUCAGAUCUGCCAAUAAGUUCAUCAAUAUCUUCAGAAGUUGUGUUGUUAGACAGGAAAGUAUCAGAUUCAGAUGAGUUUUCCAGGAUUGAAUUCCCUGAUGUUAAUGUGGUGAUGGAGAAUCAACAAAUGGUGUCUGAAUACUUUGAUUUGGCUUUGAGGCCGGGAAUUGCCACGUUUCUUCGUCUCGGUGCAUCGCCUCCUGAACCACCAUCAUAUGACUUAGAAAUGACUGCUAAUUCAUCUGAAGAACACCAGGGGGGAUCAGUUUCUCCAAAUGACAGCAGCAUUCAAAACUCCACAACUACGAGUUUGAGUGAUGAUCGAAACUCGAUCGAUUCAGUUGAAAAGAAAAUCCGUUUCUCAGGCGAGUCCUCGAAUUCUGUCAAUGCCUCAAUCACUACAACCGAAGCUAGAAAUCAAAUCACUUGUCCUUGCCCAGAUACUCCAACUUCAAGGAAGAACAUAGGAGCUGAAGACGAUAAGGAAUCAAAAAUUUCCAACAAUGAAGAUAAGAUUAGCAUAAAAAAAGAAGGAAACAUCCCUUUUGGUCAGCUGUUUUCAGCUCCAUUAGGGAACAUUAAUCUUGAUGCAGAGCAGUCUGCAAUGCAGCAGCAAAUUGUGGACAUGUACAUGAAGAGUAUGCAACAGUUUACCGAGUCUUUGGCGAAGAUGAAGCUUCCAAUGGAUCUCGACGCACCCGAGCAUGAACACCGAGGCGUUGUGAUUCAAACCCAUGAUACCAAACCAGAAAUCACCCCAAAUAAAAACGACGGAUCUCGAGUUUUUUAUGGUAGUAGGGCAUUCUUCUGAUAAUUGCCUGGCUGGCUUCAUAAUCAAAUGGUAUUUAUGACUAAUCUUUGAUACUAUUUUUUGAUCUUUUGAGCUUGCAACUCUUCUAAAACAGAGUUCUUGAUAUCUAUAUACUAAAUCAUCUGUUAUAGUCGUGGCAACAUGACAUUCUUUGUCUUGUGAUUAGAGCUCGUUUUUCAUUCGCACAAUGUAUAGAGGAUUUCAUGGUGAAUGUAUCCAAGCAAGCUGUGCUAAAUAACAGUAGUUUUUCUACUCA